AACGGGCGAUGCACGCGCGACGGGAGCCCCUCCCUCCUCAGCCGGACAGCAGCUGGCAAAAUUCAAACAAAGCUUUUAGAGAGAGAAAAGUGAACCGUUUCGGCUAAACAAAGUGAAAAUGAAAUAAAACACCAGGAAUAACGAGUUUUUCGGUGGUUAUUUGUCAUUACUUUGACCUUGGGAAAGUUUCUAGAAAUUCUGCAGUUGUUUGCCAAGGCGUUAACUGGACAGGUGUAACCGGAGAGGGACUUUUCCUCAGGAAGAUGAGCGAACGACGCUAAACUCAGGAAGUAACACAAGAGCUGACCUAUGUAAGGAAGGAGACUGGAAAUUUCUCACACAUACACACACCAAUUACACACACAAGGACGCUACAAUGGCAGCUUUCAGUGGCACCUGUGACUCUAAGGUGAAUCGGGCAUCCAGGCGCCAAGGAAAGGACACGAAAAGCAAGUCCAAUGUGUGUGGAAGUCCUCUGGAGCAGAGUGACUGUAGCGCUGUGCUGGAGAAGAGUCAGGAAUUCUUUCAGAUCUGCGACACUGAGGACAAGGGCUUUGUUACUCGACGGGACAUGCAGAGGCUGCUUGGAGAAUUGCCUCUGAGUGCUGAGGAGCUGGAGAAUGUGUUUGAUACGCUGGAUGCUGAUGGAAACGGAUACCUUACCCCAGAGGAGUUCUCCUCUGGCUUUAGUGAGUUCAUAUUUGGCCCUGCAGCAUCAGCGGUGACUCCACAGCCUGCUCCAGAGCAUGUCGCAGAGCUGAUUUCUCCUGAUAUGCUCUACCAGAGUCAGUGGGAGGAUAAACUCAGUGUGAGCGAGGAUGACGAGGAGAAACAUUUCUGCAUUCUGAUGGAGAACCUGGGAGCCAGCAAUGUCUUCGAGGAUCCAGGAGUAGUGCGCAGUCUGUGGGCUCAGCUGCGCAGGGAUGAGCCUCGUCUCCUGUCUAACUUUGAGGAGUUUCUUGCCAGGGUCACUUACCAAAUUAAAGAAGCUAACCAGGAGAAGAGCGAGAUGGAAACUGCUUUGAAAAGGAAAGCAGCUUCCCAUGAUGAUGAAAUCCAGCGUCUUUAUGAGGAAAUGGAGCAACAGAUCAAAAAUGAGAAAGACAGGAUUCUUUUACAGGAUUCUGAAAGGUUCUUAACUCGCAGUCAAGAUCUUGAGUACCAGCUUUCUAGCAAAGAAAAGGAACUUGAACUGCUUUCAAACAAACAGAAACUGUUAGAGCAGCAGUGUCGUGAGCUGCACAGCGAGCAGAGGGAGACUGCAGUAGAGAAUGUGAAACUGAAGCAGUAUAAUGAGGAGCUGGCUCACGAGCUGGACCUCACCACUCAGGAGCUGAGCUUAGCACAGGAGCAGCUCAGUCUGCUGCAGGAACAAGCUUCUCGCCUACGGGAAGAGCGAGAGCUGGAGAUGUACAGAGUUACAGAGGGUUUGCAAAGAGAAAGAGCAAGUCUACUUAAGCAACUAGAUUUACUAAGGGAAAUGAACAAACAUUUACGAGAUGAGCAAGAUAUGUGCUAUCAAAAACCAAAGAACUCAGCUGUAAAAUCAUCAAUGGCACAGAUAUCUGGAUACACAGAAAUGAAACAAUCAUUCAAGAGUGAUGAUGAAGAGGACAUACUGCCACAUUCUAAGAGGAAGAGUGCAAAAGGUGUAAAGGGGCACGGUUUGGCUCUAGGGCAAGAGGAUCAAGGGGGAUGGCGUUCUCCUACACACCAGCUACAGAGGAUCAUUUCCAUCGAGGAAGACCACCUCCCCCAGCUCCUGCAGAGGGAGUACCAGGCCGAGCUCAGGAACUGGAGUGAGGAAGAGGAGGACCUGGAAGAGGGAAUUGACCUCCAGAUGACUAGUAUCUUCCCUUCUGCCAGCACACCAAUCUCACAGUGUCCUCCACCAGAGAGCAGACAUACAUACACCCCCACCUCACCCAGGGGGCAACCUGUGGGCAAGGAGACUGUCCAACCGGAGGAAGGAGCAAGCUCAGGACCCGACCGUCUCUUUAAGAUUGUUCUGGUGGGAAACUCCAGUGUUGGCAAGACCUCUCUACUGCGCCGUUUCUGUGAUGACUCUUUCUACCCAGGAACCUCAGCGACUGUUGGUAUUGACUACAGUGUAAAGACACUUAUAGUGGACAACAGCCAGGUAGCGCUGCAGAUGUGGGAUACAGCUGGGCAGGAAAGGUACCGUAGCAUCACUAAGCAGUUUUUCCGCAAGGCAGAUGGCGUAGUGGUCAUGUAUGACAUCACUUGUGAGCAGACUUUUACAGCAGUGAGGUCAUGGCUAGCCAGCGUACAGGAAGGAGCAGGAGAUGACAUUCCUGUCAUGUUGCUGGGAAAUAAGACAGAUCUGGAGGGCCAGAGAGAGAUCCAGUUCAGAGUGGGAGAGAAAUUGGCUAAGGAGUCUCGGCUGAUUUUCUUUGAGUGCAGUGCUUUAUCUGGCCACAAUGUGACCGAGUCCAUGGUGCAUUUGGCAAGGGUUCUAAAGGAACAAGAGGACAGAGAGAAAGAGAAAACUGUCUCCCUGGUUGAUGCCCCUUCAAAGAAGAAGUCCUGCUGCUAGCAGAAAGAUCCUGAUACACAUACACACACACACACACACACACACAUCACCUGUGCUCAAUGGCAGCUCACCUCCAUCUCCCUGGUUUUAAUGGCACAGUAUGUUUUACACAGUUCUCACCCUCUACACAUGUGUUUUAACAUCAUAUAACACUUUUAGACAUAUUUUGUGAUUGUUUUUAACUUUGACAACGUAGUAAAUGGGCAGUAUUAUGAUGAGGGUGAAGAUUUGCACUUUAGGUUUUUGGUAGAUCAACUGUACAUAUAAAAUAUAGGCUCAUCAUACCAAAAGCAAGAGUUAGCUUUAUCAUGAUAUUUACACAAACAUAUAUUAACUAUUGAGAAAAGUAGAUGAAGGAAAUCUCAUUCAAACUUUUGUUUACAGUAUAAAUGUUUACAUCUCUAAAUUUGAAGUGCCAAAUUGGUGUUUAUUUGGCAGUGAAAUAUGAAAUGACUUCCCUUCCUGUGAUGUAUGAGGGAAACAAACUGUCAAGAUCAUCUAGAAGAGCAUAAUUAUAGUUUAUUUUACUGUCUGAACAAACAUGUUUAUUUUAGGAGUUUCUGAAGAAUUGCAAAGAGCAAUUGAUAGGAAAGCUGCCCACUGUGUGAAUUCUAAAUACUCAUACUGGAGAAGCAGGGUUUGUGCCUGCAUGUUUGUCAUUUGUGUUAGUUGUAAUGUUUCUUUGAUAUGUGGCCUAAAUCCACUAACUUUGUACAAACAAUUUAGUGCAAUCAGUGUUGACACCACUGCCAAAUCCCAAUGGAAGCUUGGAGCUGUUCAUGUUCUUUCUUUGACAUAGCUAUUUUUCACACAUUUAGUGCAAUCAGUGUUGACUCCACUGCCAAAUGAAAGCUUAGAGCUAUCCAUGUUCUCCCUGUGGUGCAGCUAUUUUCUGUUAUUCACAAUAUAUAUAUUUUUUGGCUUCUGUAUCUGUCAAGGAUAAAUAUUGAAGACCCUAGCACUUUGUAAGGAUCAAGAAGGGCUUGUUUUUUUAUAGCAUCAAAUAAGUCUGAGCCCAUGAAACAAAUUGUGAUUGGGAUCUCAAGUUGUUCUGUCUCUAACGUGCUUUUUUUAAUCAUCUCUGUCCUGUGUGACAAAUGAACAUCAUGCUGACAGAUCAAGCCACACCCCCCUGUGUGUGUGAACUUUGCAUAUUCAAACACAGUUCCCACUUGUAGACCUGCACCUCCCCUGUAAUGUACUGUACAUGUGAGUAUUUUCCCUGCUCUAAACACAUGAAGGACUUGGUUAUUAAUUACUUGACAAGUUGUUGAGAGUGCGCAAAAUACUACAACAUUUAGGGUUAGACACUGCCCAUGAAGGGUACCACUGUUGUAAUAGAACUUUAUUGUGUAAUUAUUUUGAAGUAAUUGAAAUAAAAAU